CAUAAUUGAGAAACACAACAUACAUGUAACUAAUUCCCUUUACACUAAAUUAUUGUUUAGAACGAAGUCCUUACAUUAGCACAAUAUAUUAUCAAACAUACAACUUAAUUAUCUACCACAUGGCUACCAUAACUUCAUCAUUAUGUACCCUAGUACUACUUACAGUACUAGGAGCUUUUUUGUUGGAAACAUGCAUGGCCAACAAAGAAGUAAAGUUGUCCACGACACAACGGUGGGGUUGGGGUUGGGGCUGGGGUUGGAGUAGGGGUAGAAGUCAUGGAACGCCGCCUGCAAGUCCCCCUCCAGCUAGUCAGGGAUAUGGUGGGUGGCCGGCCCCUGGUGGCCACAAUUCUAGCCGGAGUGGCUGCCCCUUGUCACAUAACAACCAUACCAGUAGUGGACCUAACAAGAUUGUCGUGGGAGGGACUAACAAUUGGAAUUUUGGCUUUAAUUACAGCGACUGGGCACUUAAGAAUGGACCAUACUAUCUCAAUGAUGUCCUAGUGUUCAAAUAUAAUGCACCAGUAAACGGUACCGGACACAGCGUAUACUUGCUUCCAGACUUCUGGAGCUACUUAAAGUGCGACUUAACCAGAGCCAAGCAAGUCGCAACUACCACCGAAGGCGGCGGCAAGGGUUUCGAGUUUAAGCUGACCAAGUGGCAGCCCCAUUACUUUGCUUGUGGAGAACACAAUGGCAUUCACUGCAACCUUGGCAUGAUGAAGUUUUUUGUCAUGCCUAUCUUUCGCUCCUGGAAUUGAUAACUAGUACACUGUACACAUGCAUGAUGCAUCAACUGCUCAGUUCCAGAUCCAAAACCAGCCCAAAGCUUUUUAUCUUGCUAGGAGAAAAUCGCAACGCAAAUAUAUUCAAUACAUUGUACUUUAUGUAGUGUUACUAUUAUUACUCUUUUUGGUUUUAUAAUAAGUUUGUGUUUUAUGGUUCACCUACAUUUUGGUUUCGAUGCAAUAGGGUUUUCUCAUAUUCUGAUGUUACAUUAGAUAGUCUUUACGUUCUGGAUUAUAAACAUGUAACAUGUUUGCUGAUGAAUAAAUAUUGUAUUUUAUGCAAUGGUAAA